CAGACGUCUGUCACAUCAGCAGUGUCAAAGACUCCAAGUCAGCAGCUGCAGCAUGCUUGCCGCACGUGCGACGGGUUCUCACGGCGCCAGACCAGCGGCGGCUCUGGCCGCCGCGGCGAGCCGCGCGUCUUCGCGAGCCUUCAGCGCAAAGCCGCCGGACAAGCCGAAGCCUACUCCGGAGGAGGAGGAGGCGAAAAAGGUCGCACAGAUGCGAGCCUUGGACGUAGUGUUAGAGGCCCAGAACAACACGGUGUCGCCGCCGAUGUACUCGACGCGCGACGAGCCUUUCCCGGAAAACCCCGAGGAGGCGUUAGCCCUGGACCCGUUGCCCCCCACGGUGGCCGGGCGCAAGGUGAUCAUCGCGCAGAAGAGCAAGCCUGCCACCACCACGGGAACCGCGGGCGGCCUUUACGGCUGGAACCUCACCUUCAAGCAGAAGGAGCGCUGGUCUAACCCCCUGAUGGGAUGGACCAGCACCGGCGAUCCGAUGUCGAACAUGCAGCUCAGCUUCAGCACGCCGGAGCAGGCGGUUAAGUUCUGCCAGAAGAGGGGCUGGAAGUACGAGGUGAAGGCACCGGCGAAGCGCGAGGCGGUGUUCGGCAAGUUUGCCUACUCACACAACUUCCUGCCGCACAACGUGGAGCACGACCUCAAGGUCAACGGGACAAAGACACAGCAGUUCACGUUCCCGACGGCAGGGGCUAGCCACUACGAACGACCACUCAACUUUGUGGGUACGGCGCCGGUCCGCCAGCACGGCAACCCGGAACAAAAGUAAAACGCAAUAUCAAAUCAAUCUCGGGACUACGACUACUGUGGUUCUGUGCGGGGACAGGACGGUAAAUUUGGACGAGUCUCGACUCAGAGAUCGGUUGCGUGCUGCUACUGGAGGUUUUGGCGGACGGCCAAGGAUUCGCCGAGCUGUUGUCCUUUUUGCCAGCAGUUUAGCAUGACCAGGACUCCAAGACAAGAGCGGUGUCUCCGUUCUUGGAAAAGUUUUAGCGGGAAUGAGACACGGACACCCGCUCGGAAAAGUGAUCCGUAUCCGGCCGGUCUACUCGUUUAGGGGGUAAAAACUGGUUCAUGUUCCAAUAGUUCGGUGGUGGGAUUUGUUGGGAACGGUGUCCCGUGGAGGAAAAAGAAGCGUGAUCUUGUGAUUUUGACCGAGGGGGAUAGGAGUGUGAACCUUUUUUCUGUUGAAGCAAGACUUUCACCUGACCCUUCUUGACUUGUUGUUCGCAUUCUCUAGCCUCCUCGACCCGCUACCCGUGCAUCGCAGGUAGCAGCCCUUGAACGGAAUUUCACACACAAUUGUCCUCAAAGCACGAUCGAUCCUCAACCCCCCCGCAUCAACCCAACAUCGAAUCGCCGACAACUCUCGCACGGCACGAAAGCAAUGGAAUAAUACACACGACGGAGAGCAACACCCUCUGAGUUAGGGGAAAACUCCGGUUGUGCUGUUUGUUUCGUUGAACACGGGGUGACUUGAUUGACCGGUCGGCGUCAAGCGUUCACAACAGGCGACGGGAAGAAACGAGUCACAACUCAGCCGGAAAUGUUCAAGCGUAGAGAAAGAGAACAGCUCCACCCUCGGAGCUAAGCGACAAGCUCCGCCCUCGGAGCUAAGCGAAAAGCUCCGCCCUCGCCCCCCACCAGCUUCGUAGGAUACCGAAGUCGCCGGAAGCCGGACAUACUACUCCGCCGAUCAAACCCAGUUAUUUGAGGGCAACGCCCAAGCAGGAGUAGUGCCGAUGUCGUGUGUAACUAAAUCUGCGAGCUGAGCAGCGCGCCCGCGUGCUCCUUGACCGCGGCUCGCAGCACCUCGUGUACC